AGCCGGUGCAGACUUCCAACCACAACAGAGCUGAGAGUUCGGAUUCACGGGGAAUUUACUGCAGGUGAAAGCGAAAAGGAUGAAGAGCUACGCCUUCCUGAUUGCCGCUGUGACGGCGCUGGUCGCCGCACAGGCAGCACCCACCCAAGAGCAGCAGCAGGCACCGCAGUCUGCCACGCAGCUGGCCCUGGACAUGUACCAGGGCUGCCUGAAGGAUCUGAGUGUGUCGUGUGUGCGGCCCAAGGCGAUGCGCUGGUUCAACGCGGCACUGCAGCAGCCGGAAGUGCGACUAACCGAUCGUCUGUCGAUUGUGCGCACCAUGGAAAAAUCAGCAACGACUGCGUCCCGCUCCCUCAACGCUGAGGAGCAAAUGUUCGAUAACAUCGAUGGCUAUCUGGGCAGUCAUGCGCUGCGAAUCCAGGCACCCGAGUACUUCCGCAGCUCCGAGGCACGUGCCCUGGUGCCCGAUUUCCUGCUGCAGAACGCCCUCACCCAGGGCGGAGUUGUGCCGCUGGCAGCCGCCAACGAAGGUCGCGGCAUGAUCCGCAAGGCCAUUCUGCCCUUCCUGCUCGGUCUGAAGCUGAAGACAACGGUGCUGGUGCCCCUGGCCCUUGGCCUGAUUGCCCUGAAGACAUGGAAGGCCAUGACUUUGGGUCUGCUCUCCUUGGUGCUGUCGGGUGCUUUGGUCAUCUUCAAGAUUGCCAAGCCCAAGAUCGUCAACUACGAGGUGGUGCACUACCCCAACCACCACCAUGUGGAGCAUGUGGUGCCCCACCACAUUGAGCAUGUCGUGCCCCAUCACAUCGAGCACGUGGUGCCCCACCACAUCGAGCACUUCGCCCCCCAUCACAUUGACCAUCAUCUGGAGCAUCACAUCGAUCAUCAUGUGGAUCUGCCAGUGGAGCAUAUCGAGCACUUGGAGCAUCCCUCGCCCGCCUGGGACCCUCACGCCUGGGCCCGCUCCUCCCAGGAGCCGCAGGAUGCGCAGGACCUCGCCUACGCGGGUCAGAAAUAACUCGAAAUCGAGUUCCAAGUUGCAACUUUAUUUAUUUGCUCUAAUUUAAGUAGUUGAAACGC